AUGGCCACGCCGUGCGGCGCCGACGGGCCGGCGCCCGGCCUGCCCGCCUGGCGGCCCUGGUGCAUGCCGCCGCUCCGGCGGUUGCUCUCCGGGCGGCUGUACGGCGGAGGCCCGCCGCUCAGCGGAAGCGCUCCCGGCGAGGGCGGCCGCUCGGCGCUCUCGCGGCGCUCUUGA